AGCUUUGUGCUUGGACAUUUUAUAGGAGAUGUCGAACCUUUACUUGAAGAUAUAUCGCUCUCAUCCUCUAUUUCACAUCCAAAUGUGAUGCAUUAUAUGUAUGCAUUCUGUGAUGAGGAAAAAAAGGAGUGUUUUCUUGUAAUGGAAUUAAUGAACAAGGAUCUCGCAAGCUACAUAAAAGAGAUUUGUUGCACAAGGAGGAGGAUUCCUUUUCCUCUUAUAGUAGCAGUGGACAUUAUGCUUCAAGUUGCUAUAGGUAUGGAGUACCUCCACUCUCGACAAAUUUAUCACGGAGAUUUAAACCCUUCAAAUAUCCUUGUGAAGACUAGAAACUCGUCGCACGAUGGAUACUUGCACAUAAAGAUUGCAGAGUUUUCUCUCUCAAGUGGAAAGAAAUUAAAAGGGUCAACAGGUUAUGAACGCAUUUGGUAUGCUCCUGAGGUACUGAUGGAAGAAUCCACGAGCAAGUAUUCAGAGAAGGCAGAUGUUUAUAGCUUUGGAAUGAUAUGUUUCGAGCUAUUGACGGGAAAAGUACCGUUCGAAGAUGAUCAUCUUCAAGGAGAUAAAACGAGUCGAAAUGUAAGAGCAGGAGAAAGACCGUUAUUUCCUUUUCCGUCUCCUAGAUGUCUUACAAGUCUGACAAAAAGAUGUUGGCAAGCUGAGCCAGCACAGCACCCGAGCUUCACUUCUGUAGUUUGAGUUCUUCGUUACAUCAAGAGGUUUCUGAUCAUGAACAUGGAUAAUAAUCUCCUAGAUUUGCCUUGUCCAGCUGUGGAUUACUUCGAGAUCGACAUGAAGCUUUCAAAGAAAUUCAUAGAAACUGCGAGAGUAUCAGAUAUCCCUUUUCAGAUGUUUUGUUACAGAGUGAUAGAGAGGGAGAGGUGUAGCCUCUAUCUCAAGGAGAAGAGUUCGGAUUCGGGUAGUGAGGGAACAUCUACUUAUGGGGAUGACAGUGGGUUCAAUAUGAUGAUUCAUGAUGAUUCUUUUGUUUCUCCUUUGCCUCUUAGAAGAUCAUCAUCUCAAAUGUGUUUGGAUGUUGGUAGUAAAUCUUCCCCGAGGAAAAUUGACAAAAAGGCUGUCAAGCAAUCAGGGCAAACCCCGAAGGGAAGAACAAAGAGACCACCGCCGCUGCUAAACCUUCGUGGUCGGAGUCUGAACUUGAAAUCGUACAGCCAACUGACACCACCAGCAACAAUGACUCCUGGACGGCGCAGGAUAUCUGGGCAUAAAUCAGAUUCAGAAUUAGCAUAGCCAUAACUAACAGAAGUUUCUCUAUAGAAACUUUGCGUUUUUUUUUAA